CAUUAAUCCAGAAGGUCGUCCCUUAUGACUAAGGCUUUAGUUUCGCCCAUCUACUGCGAAAAAGUUUGGUUUUUGCGUUCCUGCCCAGUCUGUAGAACUUUUCUGCGUUCGUUGUUCCGCGCUUCAAGAGGAUCCUGAUCGGUUUCCAAAAAUGCGAGUAGGGGCCCACGAACGCCGCCCUAACCUCAAGAACUCACUGGGAGGUAAUGUUGCAACAUCAAACCCUGCUCAAGCUCAGGGCGGGCGUGAAGAAGGGCCUUUCGAGGAGCUGCAAGCCCGGCGAGAGAAAGUUCCCACGACAUCACCGAAUGUGGUGGUCCCUGAAGACACAGGCGAAGAUGUUGAUGAAAAAGGAGAGCAACAACAUCAAAUCCUCCAGGCCCGUCAAGACCGGCUGCGGCUGAUCUGUCUGGUCCGUGGCAUCAACGCUUUCGGGAUGGGACUGCUGGCCAGUAGCCGGACGAACUUGCUGUACAAGGUCGUGAACGGAGGAGCGUCGUCCACGACAACAAGUGGUGGGACAGCUGCAACGACAAGAACAUCCUCAACCCGUCCCGCCCCUGAUGCCCAGGCCCAGCAACUCCAACAUACCAAUGUAGCGAAUUUCUCCUCCCAAAUUUCCCAUAUCGUGAGAAAAAAGUGUUACAGUUACACACUCUGAUGGGAGACAAGCAAGACAGAUAAACUCUGUCAUGCAGGAGAUGCUUGCCAACCUCACUUCCUUCGUGUUUUCCCUUUAUAGUUUGCGCAUCACAGGUCUUGUUUGCCAUGUCGAGCAGAUGCAGAAACUCCAACAAAUGUGUAACUGUAACACUUUUUUCCUGUGAUAUCCGAGCUCUGUACGUUACUGGACUUUUUUGUGACCCCGAUGUUGAACCGGCGCCUGGACAAAAGCCGAGUACGGACGAUGGUCAAUGGCUUUUUCAUUCUCGGGGUCGCGAAAAUGGUGCUGGCGGUCACCUGCAGUGGUCAAGAAGGUCAGAACGGGCUCGAGACCACAAGCAUAGAAGUACAACAACCGACGAGAACUACAAAGGCACGGAACUUCAUGAAGCCGAUUUUCGUCUUACACCAACUAAUUCUCACCACCGUGUUUCCCAGCGUGUUCCGGGCGUGCUCCGCGUGGCUCGGCGACCUCGUCGGCCACGGCUCGUUGGAAGCGGUGAACCAAAACCAGAUCGUGUUUCGCGUCGCCUUGGCAACGGGGUUGUUGGGGAAUUUUGCCGGGCAAACAUUCUUCCCGUAUAAAGACAAGCCGGAGCUGAGCUACUUCUGCCACGGGGCGAUCGCCGUUCUUGCCAGCGCGGUGCUGUUUUUGCGGACAAGAAGUCGUGCGGAGGAGGGCGGGUCCAUCACGGGUAGUUCUUCGGGUGAGCCAGCAACCGAAAAGACGACCGAGAAACAGCACGGCAAUUAUAGUGGAAAAGUGGCGGGCACUUCGAGCAAGAAUUUGCUCACCGCGGCAACGGCUGAGAACUUUUCAAUCCGCCUGGGAGAAGGCACGAAGCAGGCGGAAAUACGGGAAGAUGCUGAGCAACAUCACGAACACGAGGUGGACCAGAAUCGGGCGACCGAUGUAGACACCACGGGUACGGGAAGCAGGAGAAAUAACAACGACCAACACCAAGUCUCAGCAUCAACUGCCGUAUCCAAAACAAGCCUCACCAACCGUUAUUUCCACAAACCCUUCCAAACCUUCUUCCCGGGUUUUGCGGAGAGCCGGAAACUUCGGCUUCUCGGCCUCCUGAUGGUCUGCCGCACGUUGCCGACGUAUGUCGGGUCAGUCAGUACGAUGUACUACCGUCAAAAAUUCGGCGACAACCGCUGGGGCGGCGGCUCAGACAGCAUCAGCGAGCGGCUGGCGCGCGUCGCGUUGAUCGUCAACAGCUUGCUUCUGAUACCGGUGUUGCGAACGUUCACGGGACAUCAAGACAAGGCGCCGAAUAUUACCUCGGCUUCCGGUUCUUCGUCCGACGACCGUGCAAAUGAGAGCUGCAAGAACUCCAUUCUGAACCGCGGCGCGGUUUUCUUACUGCAAUCGCACGCCCUGGUGGAGAUUGCCGCGUAUCUGAAUGUCUACCUUGCAGAAAACCCCACCCGGGUGCUCUGGGUGAACAAUCUGCUGUACAUGUUGCACUUCGGCGGGGAUGUGUUGCAGCGCACGUUUCAGCAGGAGGCGGAACGCAUGAAGCUUGGACAGGGCGCGCUCGCGACGGCGCAAAGCAACUUGAUGCUCCUGCCGUCCAUUCUCAUGCCGUCGUUCUUCGCGAAAGUAUUUGACUUGAAGACGAAGGUAGUUGUGCGGGACAAUGGUCGUGAGGUCCUCGUGUCGAGGACGAUCCCAGGUUCAGGUGGUUCUCUCGGGGCGCUUUUGCGGAAACUGAAUUUGGAAUUUGUGGUCGACCCUUACAUAGUUGCCACGCUGAUGGAACUGUGUAAUGCGAUUUUUGUGAUCCCUUUCCUACAGAAAAAGCUGCGCGAUUGUCAAUCUUCAAAAAAGCAGCCUGCGGCUCAUACUGCUGUUUCUAGCUGCAUUCAUGCAGCGGGACGAUGA